GUCCUCUACCUCUAACCUUCUCUAUGGUUGUCUACAAGCUGCAUGGUUGACACGAUGUGAAACCGUAGCAGGGUAUUAACGCUGCAAGGAAGCUAUUCAUGCAGAAGGCCACAGCUGAACCGUGAACACACCACAGUGGCGACCUUCUACUACCCUAGCAAGUAGUUUGAAGCCAUGAGUGACAGCGACGACGAUGUCCCUCAGCUGUCCGCGGCCACCCUUGCUGCCCUACAGGAGUUCUACGCUGAGGAGAGGGGCGGGCUGGUGCAGAACACGGCACCGGUAGAUAAGUUCUCAGUUGGGGCGGUGGAAGAGGACUGGCGUAUGAGCCAAUUCUGGUACAACGAUGCGACAGCAACACGGCUAGCGGAAGAAGUAAUCCAGGAAGCUGGAAAAGGUGGCAGGAUAGCCUGUCUGAGUGCCCCCAGUGUGUACCAGAAGCUGAAACAGGGGGUGGUGGAGGGCUCUGGAGGUGUUUCGGCUGUGGUUCUAGAGUACGAUCGCCGUUUUGCCACUUAUGGCCAAGAGUUUGUCUUCUACGACUACAACGAGCCUCUCAGCCUGCCAGAAGAUGUGGCCCCGCAGAGCUUUGACAUCGUCCUGGCUGACCCACCCUACCUGUCUGAAGAGUGCCUCACCAAGGUCGCCCAGACUGUCAAGUACCUGGCCAAGGGCAAGGUCCUUCUCUGCACUGGUGCUAUAAUGGAAGAGCAUGCAGAGAAGCUUUUGGGCCUAAAGAUAUGCCGCUAUAUCCCCAAACACAACAAAAAUCUGGCCAAUGAGUUCCGCUGUUUCACAAACUACCCCUCAAGCCUCCUUUCCUGAGGCUGUAUAACCCUCAGUGUGUCCACAAACGGUCUUACUUACAUCAACCAAUUUGGACUUGAAGGAUAUCUGGGACUGUUGAAAGGAAGAGCUGCCUUGUUGUCCAUUGCCUGUCAGACAUUCAAGGUUUCAUUUCUGGGUCUAAGUUAACAAAGAAUGGGGAUGGUUUUAAAAUAUUUCUCAUCUCUGAUAACAGAAUGAUCAAGUGAAUAAUUGUAUUCACAUGCUUUAUUUCAGUGUAAAUAAUAUUUUGUAUACACAUAGACAAUAAACAUGUCUGAAAUGUAAAGAUCUCUAAACUGUUGGAUAUCAGUCAGGUGUAAUUUGUAGGACCUGGUACAAAUGUUUAGGUGAUUGUGUAAUACAGCUUCAUUCACCAACAGAUGGCAGUGUGCGCUAAGAAGUAUAAAACUACUCUAUUUUCACAGUCUUCACAGGGGUAUUCAACUCUUACCCUACGAGCUCCUAAGCCUGCUGGUUUUCUGUUCUACCUCAUCGUUGAUAUUGCAAUACCUCUGGCAUGAUAUUAUAAAGAUUUAAUAAGUUCCAAAUUGCUUUUUACUUCUAGGGGUAGUCUUUAAAUACAUAAUCAUAAUCUGCCAUUUUGUUUUGCCAUUACAUUUUGGGUAGAAUUAACAGUAAUUUACCGGCUAACUUGGCUAACUUGGUUUUGGUAGCCAUUUCUUCAGCUCCCAAUCCUAAAUGGAAAAGCUGAUUGCUGUGGUUACCAUAGUAAGCACAGAAACAGUCAAGGACAAUUGAUAGGACAGGCAAUAAACUUGGACAUUUACGCCACAAACGGUCACCAAAAACAUCUGGGUGACCCAAGGGCAACCUGCAUGUAAAAGGAUAGGCAAAAAGAACUAGACAUUACCCAGAGGUAGGGUUGCCACCCGUCCCGUAAAAUACGUAAUUGUCCCGUAUUUGACACUUAGGUCAACUCUAAAAGUAUCAGCACCCUUCAUGAAAAUGAAACCUAUGUUUUGCAGGAAGAAAUAUAUAAUUUCAAUUAAAUGUUUUGUUUGAGAACGUCUGUUGAAAUUAAAGUAUAAGGCUUCCUCUUUUGUUUGAGACCAAAAUAUUA